UAAAACCACAUGAACCUUCUGACUCAAAACACAGAGGCGCACACACACGCUCUUGCAGACAUCAACAACCGGGGAAUCUACAAACAUGUCUUUCCUCUCAGGAGUUUUGGGUAAUAAAGCAGCGGAAUCGUUUGUCGACCAGGCUGUGGACAAAGCAGCUUCUGCAGCUAAAAGAAAAGUGAAGGAAAAACUUACUGGAAAGAAACAGCCGGAAACUGAUAAGACCGGUGGCAUGGGAGGUCUUUUCCCAAGUAGCGGGGAGAAGGACAAGAAACCAAAGGAAAAGUCAGGAGGACUGUUUGGUGGCCUCCUUAAAGCAGAAGGACCGGGAGGAAAUAGCAGCGGAGGAAGCUUUAGUGCUGGAGGCGGCCAUGAGGCAGACAACAGUGCUGAAGACAGCAGUUUCAACGAUGCACUGGAUGACCUUGCUAAUGAGUUCUGUGAGAAAUGAUGUUCUGACAAAUCUCUCUUACAUCAGCACCAAGUGUCAUGGACUAAAACAACAUUACAAGAUAUUCAUUUGUCACCAAUGUAAAUAGUUUUAAACAUAUCUUAGCUCAUGUAUGACUGCUAAAAAAAGAAAAGAUGCCUACAUUAGUACUGUUUAACUUAAACUUAUUUAGCAAGUGUUUCUUUUAAAUAAAAAAAGUGUGAUUGGAUGCAUGUUGAGUGAAUGCAUUUAAAUAAAAAAAUAGUUUUUAUUACUAAAUGAAAAA